AUGCAGGCUCGCUACUCCGUGUCCAGUCCCAACUCCCUAGGAGUGGUGCCGUACCUCGGCGGAGAGCAGAGCUACUACCGCGCCGCUGCGGCUGCGGCCGGAGGGGGCUACACGGCCAUGCCGGCCCCGAUGAGCAUGUACUCGCACCCGGCACACGAGCAGUACCCGGCCGGCAUGGCCCGAGCCUACGGGCCCUACACGCCACCGCCGCAGCCCAAGGAUAUGGUGAAGCCGCCCUACAGCUACAUCGCCCUCAUCACCAUGGCCAUCCAGAACGCUCCCGAUAAGAAGAUCACCUUGAACGGGAUCUACCAGUUCAUCAUGGAGCGGUUCCCUUUCUACCGGGACAACAAGCAGGGCUGGCAGAACAGCAUCCGCCACAACCUCUCUCUCAACGAGUGCUUCGUCAAGGUGCCCCGCGACGACAAGAAGCCCGGCAAGGGCAGCUACUGGACCCUCGACCCCGACUCCUACAACAUGUUCGAGAACGGCAGCUUCCUCCGCCGCCGCCGCCGCUUCAAGAAGAAGGACGCCGUCAAGGACAAGGAGGAGAAGGACCGCCUGCACCUCAAGGACCAUGCCCCGCCGCGCCCGCCGCCGCCCGCCGCCGCCGCCGAGCCCGAGGGCGGCCCCGCCGGGGGCAGCGCCGCGCCGCCGCCGCCGCCCGUCCGCAUCCAGGACAUCAAGACGGAGAACGGCACGGCCUCGCCGCCGCAGGCCGUGUCCCCCCCGGGCGCAGCGCCGCCGCUCGGCGCCGUGCCCAAGAUCGAGAGCCCCGACAGCAGCAGCAGCCUCUCCAGCGGCGGCAGCCCCCGCAGCACCCUCCCCUCCAGCCGCUCCCUCAGCCUGGAGGCCCCCGAGCCCCCGCCGCCGCCCCCGCCGCCGCCCCCGCCGCCGCCCCACCACCACGGCCCGGGCUUCAGCGUGGACAACAUCAUGACCUCGCUGCGGGGCUCGCCGCAGGCCGCCGCCGAGCUGGGCGCCGGCCUCCUGGCCCCCGCCGCCGCCGCCCCGCGCACCGGCAUCCCGCCCGCCCUGUCCCUCGGCGGAUACUCGCCGGGACACAGCUCCGUCUACGGCUCGCCCUGCGGACAGGCGGCCGCCGGCGCCGCCGCCGGCACCUACCACUGCAACAUGCAGGCCAUGAGCCUCUACGCGGCGGCGGGCGGCGCCGACCGGCCCGGCCACCUGCCCGCCGCGGCCACCAGCCCCGCCGAGGACCCGCUGCCCGAGUACGCCAUGCCCUCGGGCGGCGGCGGCGGCGGCGGCGGCGGCGGCGGCGGGGCGGGGGGCGGCGGCGGCGGGGCGCUGGGGCACGGCGGGCUGGGCGGCGCGGCGGGCGGCCACCAGGAGGGGCACCACCCGCACCCGCACCAGGGCCGCCUGGCCUCCUGGUACCUCAACCAGGCGGCGGCGGCCGCGGCGGCCGCGGCGGCGGCGGCGGGGGAGCUGGGCCCGCUGGCGGGCGCGGCGGGCUACGCGGGGCCGCAGCAGGGCUUCGCCGCAGCCCCGCGAGAGGUCUUCGAGGCGCCGCGGUUGGGGCUCAGCGCCUCGCCGGGCGGCGGCGGCGGCGGCGGCGGCGGGGCAGGGGGCGGCGGCGGCGGCGGCGGCGGGGCGGGGGGCGGCGGGAGCUGUCAGAUGGCCUUCCCCGGCAGCCAGCCGCUCUAUCGCACCUCCGGGGCCUUCGUCUACGACUGCGGCAAGUUCUGAGCGCGCCCCGUCGCGGGGACACGGCGGGAACUCCGCUCCGCUCUUCCCCGCUCCGCACCGCGCCGCCGGUCCCCGCAGCGCCCGCGGAGGGAAGAGAGCGCAUCGCGAAAAGCUUUUGUACAGAGACAGCCCCAAAGCAUGUCUUGGUUUGUUAAAGGACAGUGUUACUCCAAUAACACUUCAGCUUCUGCCUGGCUUUGGUGCAGUCCCCUUGCAGAAAGUCCUGUGGAAAAGAAGAGAGAGGCACUGCAAGGACCGUCACCUUCCCCACGCUGACGGCCUCCCCAUUGCUCCUGCUUCCCCAUGAGCUGAGCACGCACCGGGCCCACCACUGGACUCUUACAAGGACGAACUGUUUCUCUUGAAGAUGCAAUUACUGGAAGCUCAUAUAUGCCCAUUAAAUCACCAGGAGGCAGCAUCCUUUCACCAGGCUGUUGCGGAUGGAAAGACUUAUUCUUUGUUUGUGUGUACACAAAGGGCUUGAACUCCAGCCCUACAGGCAUGUAACGGUGAACAUUUGAUAAGAAGUUAUUGUACAUCUUAGCCGUUCUAGUGAAUGAGCUGAUACAAAUUCUUUUUCCCCCAUUUGUUUAAAUAAUGUAAAUCACAGAGCAAACAUGACAACUAGUCUCUUUCAAAUAAAAACAUGAUCACAGACAAAUGAUGUUGAAAGACUGUGUACGGAUAUGUGUAACCAUAUGCAACACAAGUAAACUUCCAGCUUUUGAAUGCGUAUAUAUUUUUCUCCUAGAGUAUUUUGAGUAUCUGCAUGCAAAUAAAAGUCUAAAUAUCUCAUAAAUGAAAAGAAAUCGCCUUGAAACUGAUACAGAAACCGGGACUUUGGUCAUGUUCACCUUACUGUUUAAGUAUCCUUAAAAGUGCUACCACACCAAACAAAUCUCACAACCGGUUAACAAAAAUAAUGUAACAAAAUUAAACAGAGACAAAAGCUCCUUUAACUGCAUUUCUAAUUGAAUGCCAAAACUGACUGUAUCUUUCUUUAAAAUUACAAGACAGUGUUUAAACAGUUAGCUUUU